CUUAUGUCGCACACAAAAGUAAAAAAUAAUAUGUAUAGGCAACGAUGCAUCAUUGUUUAAGUCCUAGAAUUCUCAUUGUAUUUAUUUUGUGUAGCUCACUUUUUCUCAGAUGGCUUCCAGGAUUAGUCAUAGCGGCAGUUGUUACACUUGAUUCGAUCCAAAUAUAUAAGAAACAUGAAUUAUUCGGAUCGAAACCAACAGUAUUUUUUCAGUGUAAAGGGGAGAACAAAACAAUUUUGCCAGAUGUGAAGAAGAAACAUGUCUUGUAUACUUUCAAGGGCGAAGAGUCUUGGCAGCCUUUGACAGAGCUUACAGAUAAAAAGUGCAAACGAUGCGGGAUCUAUGAGAAGGAUACAAUAAAGCCUGAUGAUACUUUUGAUGAGUGGGAGUUAUGUGCUUCUGAUUUUACUGAUCUUGAUGGGAAGUAUGUUCAUUUCUUAAAGAAAGAGCUCAAUGCCACAUUUUUGUGCCCAGAGUGUGUCCCUCGUGGUGGUGCUUCUAAUCACUCAUCUGGCUCACAAAAAGGGGGAAAGAGAAUGCACUGGGCUCUAGUGCUGCUUAUCUGUGCUUUAGCGUCAAUGGUUUUAGUUCUUGGAGCAGUCACUGUUUACAAAUAUUGGAAGCGAAAGAAAAGGCAGCAAGAUCAAGCUCGUUUCUUGAAGCUGUUUGAAGAGGACGAUGACAUAGAGGACGAAUUAGGCAUUGGGCCACUUAGUCAUGUUAUUUAGAAAAAUAACAUCUUUUUUUAUGUCAUAUCCAACAUACAUGUACAUGCUUGACGUAGUUGUAGAGUAUAACUUGAAGGGGUAAAAUAUUAAUUUCAUUUUACUGUAAGAGAAUGUAGCAAAUGUAGGUAGUACCGUGAGCUUGGAAGUAUGUGACCACUGGGGAGUUAUGAGACUGUAUGCCUUUUGAAUAGAAGAUAUUAUUCUUUACAACUGAGCCUCACUGUGUAAUUUCAUUUCACUAUUACUACCGUUCCUUAGUGGUUAUGACUAAUAUCAUCAAAAUGAUCUAGCUAUAGUUCAUGAUGGCUAUACAUAAUUGUUAAAUGGAGAAUAUACACAUGUGGAAUGGUAUAACCAACUUUUCUGUUCACUUUUGUUAUCUUCUUCAAGGUGUUCCUUCUUCAUUUUGAUAUCCUCCUCUGUAUUUGUUUACAUGCCUCUUGCAGCUCAGUUGCUACAAACUGCAAACUUCCUGGCACUCCAAAACAUACCCGUUUCCCUUCUUCGUAAGGUUCCCAAAGAAGUUUGAAGAGAUGGAGAAGUGUCUCCGUAAUGUUUCUAAAGAAGUACUCCAAGGGUUGAGAAUUAGGCUAUUGUUCUUUUUUAUGACCAAUGUCGAAGUAUUCCAAGGGUUGAGAAUUAGGCUAUUGUUCUUUUUUAUGACCAAUGUCUCGAUUGUUGGGUAUCCGAACAAAGUCUCGUAUUGGAAGUUGAGAAGAGAAAGAAGCAACAUAUAAGGUGUAAGAUACUCUUAAUGGUGUGACCUUUUGGGAGAAACUAUGCGAGCUUGCUCCAAAGCGAAGACUAUCACAUGGUGUUAAGAGUAUUUACGGCUUACUUAGCCCAAUCAGAAGAGACGGUUCGGUUGAACGAGCAUCAAGAUGAUGGAGAGUAGUUGUCAUGUUACGUUGAAGGGGCACGUUUACUGCCUUGGCCAAUCUACAGAUCGGUUUAUCGCCUUUGUCAGUCUAUAAAAUGAUAUCAUCUUUGAUGUGACAAGAAAAAACUGGCUAUAUCAGUAAAUACCAAUUGUGUUGCAAGCGGCUAAUUCUAGGGGACUGUUAUCAGCUACAGUAUUGAAGGUGAGUCUCCAAUAUGCUGAUGGGUAUCACAAUGUUGA